UGUUAGAAAUUGAUUUUGCGGAGCUCACCCUGGAGGAGAUCAUUGGCAUUGGGGGCUUCGGGAAGGUCUACCGCGCCUUCUGGAUAGGUGAUGAGGUUGCCGUGAAAGCAGCUCGCUAUGACCCCGAUGAAGACAUCAGCCAGACCAUAGAGAAUGUUCGCCAGGAAGCCAAGCUCUUCGCUAUGCUGAAGCACCCCAACAUCAUUGCCCUUAGAGGGGUUUGUCUGAAGGAGCCAAACCUCUGCUUGGUCAUGGAGUUUGCCCGGGGAGGGCCUUUGAAUAGAGUGUUAUCUGGGAAAAGGAUUCCCCCAGACAUUCUGGUGAACUGGGCUGUGCAGAUCGCCAGGGGGAUGAACUACCUACACGAUGAGGCCAUUGUUCCCAUCAUCCACCGCGACCUUAAGUCCAGCAACAUACUGGUCCUGCAGAAGGUGGAGAAUGGAGACCUGAGCAACAAGAUUCUGAAGAUCACUGAUUUUGGCCUGGCUCGGGAGUGGCACCGAACCACCAAGAUGAGCGCUGCAGGGACCUAUGCUUGGAUGGCGCCUGAAGUCAUUCGGGCCUCCAUGUUUUCCAAAGGCAGUGAUGUGUGGAGCUAUGGAGUGUUGCUUUGGGAACUGCUGACCGGGGAGGUGCCCUUCCGCGGCAUUGAUGGCUUAGCAGUGGCUUACGGAGUGGCCAUGAACAAACUGGCCCUUCCCAUUCCUUCUACAUGUCCAGAACCUUUUGCCAAACUCAUGGAAGACUGCUGGAAUCCUGACCCCCACUUACGACCAUCCUUCAUGAGUAUCCUGGACCAGCUAACGACCAUAGAGGAGUCUGGUUUCUUUGAAAUGCCCAAGGACUCCUUCCACUGCCUGCAGGAUGACUGGAAGCAUGAAAUCCAAGAGAUGUUUGACCAACUCAGGGCCAAAGAAAAGGAGCUCCGCACCUGGGAGGAGGAGCUGACACGGGCAGCACUCCACCAAAAGAACCAGGAGGAGCUGCUGCGGCGCAGGGAGCAGGAGCUGGCCGAGCGGGAGAUUGACAUCCUAGAACGGGAGCUCAACAUCAUCAUCCACCAGCUGUGCCAGGAGAAGCCCCGGGUGAAGAAACGCAAGGGCAAGUUCCGGAAGAGCCGGCUGAAGCUCAGGGAUGGCAACCGCAUCAGCCUCCCCUCGGACUUCCAGCACAAGUUCACAGUGCAGGCCUCCCCCACCAUGGAUAAAAGGAAGAGUCUCAUCAACAGCCACUCCAGCCCUCCCGCAAGCCCCACCAUCAUUCCUCGCCUGCGAGCCAUCCAGUGUGAGACUGUUUCCCAAGUUGGUUGGGGCCAGAACACACUAGGGCACCUGUCCCCUGCUUUAUCCAGCCACCGACUGGUCCAGGCUUGCUCCAUCCAUAACUUCUGCCACCUCUCCUCAGCAAUGUGUAUAUACAUGCACAUAUUGACACCAGGUGAAAACAGCAAAACCUGGGGCCGGAGCUCAGUCAUCCCCAGAGAGGAGGGGGAAGAGGAGGAGAAGCGGGUCCCAAAGAAGAAGGGCCGGACAUGGGGGCCAGGGACUGUUGGGCAGAAGGAGCUCGCCUCAGGAGAUGAAGGCCUCAAGUCUCUGGUCGAUGGAUACAGACAGUGGUCGUCCAGUGCCCCCAACCUGGGGAAGGGCCCGAGGAGCAGCCCCGCCCUGCCAGGGUUCACCAGCCUCACGGAGACGGAGGAUGAGGACAGCGAAGGCCCAAGGAGCGGGGAGAAUCGUUCGCAGCACUCACCCAACCAGUCCUACCUCUGCAUCCCAUUUCCUCGUGGAGAGGAUGGGGACGGCCCCCCGAGUGAUGGAGUCCAUGAGGAGCCCACCCCAGUCAACUCAGCCACCAGUACCCCUCAGCUGACGCCCACCAACAGCCUCAGGCGCGGCAGCACCCACCACCGCCGCUGUGAGAUGGCGCUGCUCGGCUGCGGGGCUGUUCUGGCAGCCACAGGCCUUGGCUUUGACUUGCUGGAAGCUGGCAGGUGCCAGCUGGCUCCCCCCGAGGAGCCCGAGCCGCCGCUCCGGGAAGAGAAGAAGAGGCGCGAGGGUCUCUUUCAGAGGGCCAGCCGCCCUCGUCGCAGCACCAGCCCCCCCUCCCGCAAGCUCUUCAAGAAGGAGGAGCCCCUGCUCUUGCUGGGAGACCCCGCCGCCUCCCUGACGCUGCUGUCUCUCUCCUCCAUUUCUGAGUGCAACUCCACCCGCUCCCUGCUGCGCUCUGACAGCGAUGAGAUUGUGGUGUACGAGAUGCCAGUCAGCCCGGUCGAGGCCCCGCCGCGGACUCCGUGCACCCACAACCCCCUGGUCAACGUCCGGGUGGAGCGCUUCAAGCGAGACCCCAACCAGUCCCUGACCCCCACCCAUGUCACCCUCACCGCCCCCGCGCAGCCGAGUGGCCAUCGGCGGACUCCUUCCGAUGGCGCCCUUAAGCCAGCGGCUCUUCUCGCCAGCAGGAGCCCCUCCAGCAAUGGCGUGAGCCCCAGUCACGGAGCAGGAGUGUCGAAAACCCCCAGUCCCAGCCGAGACCCAGGUGAAUUUCCCCGUCUCCCUGACCCCAAUGUGGUCUUCCCCCCAACACCAAGGCGCUGGAGCACCCAGCAGGACUCUACCUUGGAGAGGCCCAAGACUCUGGAGUUCCUGCCUCGGCCCCGUCCUUCGGCCAACCGGCAGCGGCUGGAUCCUUGGUGGUUUGUGUCCCCCAGCCAUGCCCGCAGCGCCUCCCCAGCCAACAGCUCCAGCACGGAGACACCCAGCAACCUGGACUCCUGCUUUGCUAGCAGCAGCAGCACCGUGGAGGAGCGGCCUGGACUCCCAGCCCUGCUCCCACUGCAGGCGGGGCCGCUGCCGCCUGCCGAGCGGACGCUUCUGGACCUGGAUGCGGAGGGGCAGAGUCAGGACAGCACCGUGCCGCUGUGCAGGGCUGAGCUGAGCACACACAGGCCCGCCGCCUACGAGAUCCAGCAGGAGUUCUGAGCUGCGAGUGGACAGGCCCGGGGGAGGGGAGCAGGAGGUGGAGGGAGCUGGCCGGCACAGCCCUUUCCGCAGCGGCCCCCGAGAUCCAGCCCCACUUCUUGCACUGAUAAUGCACUUUGAAGACAAAAGGGAUGGAGGCAGGGCCACUUGUGAAGGUCCCCCUGCCCUGCAGGGCCUUUCUCCCCAUGCCUAGUGGAGGGCUGUGGCUGUCAGCUCUGGCUGUGCAGGGGAGGGGGGCGCGUGCAUGUCCCCCGCCCUCCAGAGUCUUCCUCUCCUUUAGGGUGACACUGCAGUCGCUCAGCCAAAUCUGUCUGCCGCUCCUUCCCCUCAGCCAGUUGGGUGUGCCCAGAUCCGGCCUGGGCCCUUCGUUACCCUGAGUUCAGCCUCCCCACAUACUAGUGUUGGAUGUUCCACCACUGAUCUGCUCCUCUUCCACCCCCCACCUGGGCAUCAGAGUCUUGUUUGGUGUAAGGUGUCCUAAGCCCCUUUGGUGCCAGCUGGAAGAUGCAGGGUGAAGUGGCCUCCUGUGCGGCCCCCUUGUGGAUGGACCCGCACCGGCUACCUGUGACCCAGACCCCCACCUGUUUAUUUGCACCCGUGGAUGGUCGGGGGAACUGGCUCGGUGAGAACAGAGGGGAGGGGCAGUCAGGAGACACACAGUCAGUGAAGAGGGUCCUGGAGUCUGUGUCCCUGGCCCCGUUUGGAAACAGUCAAGGGUAGAAACCAACCAGCACUUAUCAAAGGCCCGCAUCUGGCCCCUGGGGUCGGGACACUGUCGUGCGAGGUUCUGACACAAACGUAUUCCUCCAGGAACGGCUUCUUGGGAAGACUCACUGUCUGGUGCCAGUUCAGUGUUUCUCUCUUUUGUUGUCGGGCCCUUGUGUGUUUACUUCUCCGUGGUCUUCCUUCCAGUCCCUGGGUCAGUGGGCUUCAGGUCAUGUGUUCACUUGGUGGAUGGCUCCCCAUAGCCUACGGGUGGGGUGUCCCGGGCCGUGGGUGUUGGAACUGUGGGAAUUCCUUCUCAGCCUGCCAUCCGCAUUGCCUUGCCCUUGAAGUAGAAUGGUGCCAUUAGUUGUCCCUUCGGUAGAUGGGCAGUGUGGUAGAGUGGCGCUGUUUCUGAGAUGCUCAGUGAGCCACUGACAUGCGGUAGCUCUUGUGCCCCGAGCGCUGGAAGCCGUGUGUUUGCACAGCUGCCCCUCGCACCGGGCUCUGCCCUGUGAGCUGAGUAGGAAAGACAGCGGAGACCAGCCCUGACCUGCGUGCUGUUUGUUUCCUGAGCUUGAAUGUUGAACUUGUCUGAAGCUUUCUCAUGUAUUUCUUCACUUUCCCCUUGUCUGAGGCCUCACAUGUUGUAUGUGAACUGAGGUGUCUCUGUGACAAUAACAGUGUGACGGGGAGUGCAGUCCCCGGGUUGUGCUCCUCUGCCCACAAGACGUGGAGCUAAACGUUGCUCCACUGCCCUUUAUCAUGGAAUAUUCUCUGGCAGUGUCGGAGGUCAUGGUGCAGGUUCCUUGCAUUGGCUGCUGCCGUGCCAGGAUGCGGGCGUGGUGCAGCUGGCAGAAGUGACAGAUUUGGUUGCUGCUUGUUCUCUGUUACUGUGAUAGAAAUCCUUCCCUGGGAGGACAAAAGAGGUAACCUUGGUUUUCACACUGUUCUUAUUUUAUGACACCAUCUGCUCCCUCCCCUACCAGUGUUGGCCACGAUUUUGUUACUGCAUCUCGUCUCUCUUGAUUCAGCAGAGUCAGUGCGUAAGAGACUGUUUUUGCCCCCAUAUGCCUGCUCCUCGGCUAGGAGAAGAACAAUGAAUUCUGUCUGUGGUUUGUUUUUUGUUUGGGGUUUUUUUUUUUUUUUU